AUGUUGACUAUCACGGGAGGUGUCGUCUUUCUCCCACACAAGGGACCGACGCCAUCGAGUGACUUUGCUACUAGUCUCGAUGCCAACGGCGUCCCCUGUGAGCUUCUGACGCCCGAGGAGACCAACAAAAGAUGGCCUGGGUUCAAUGUUCCUCAGGGAGCUGUCAUGACGCUCCAGUUCCGGGCUCGCUUCAACGGCGCCGUUCUCAUGGAGAACACACGCGUCGAGGCUGUGAUGCCCCAGCCCGGCGGAGGCGUAACGAUUGAAACGUCUCAAGGCGUCUAUCACGCUCGCAAGGUCAUCAUUGCUGCUGAUGCAUGGACGAACAAGCUCCUCAAGCCACUCGGCGUUGAGCUCCCCAUCACCGUCAUGCAGGAGCAGGUAACCUACUUCAAGCCCUCUCGCGAGCACGAAGCACAGUUUGCAAACGACAAGUUCCCCGUUCGGAUCUGGGGAGGUGAGAAGUGGUUCUAUGGCUUUCCCCUCUACGGCGAACCCGCUCUCAAGGCUGGCCAAGACGCUGGAAGAAACGACAUGGAUCCCGAAGAGCGCGAUGAGCUGAGAACCGUCACCUGCCAAUACACAAUCACCCCGGAUCGACAGUUUAUCAUCAGCGAGUUAGAGAAGCACAAGGGUGUUAUUCUCGCUCUCGGUAAUGCACAUGCCUUAAAGUUUGCUCCCGCUAUCGGUCGACUUACUGCUGAGCUUGCAUUGGAUGGGAAGACAACUGAUGACAUCUCAAAGUUUGGGUUUCCCAACACAACACCCAGCAAACUGUAG